GGAAGCCGGGAUUCGGUCGUAAACAACGACUUAUAGAUCACCGGUGACAUCAGCAAACUCCUCAUUAUACUCGUCUACUUGUUUCUAGCUUUGUUGCUAAUGCUUACUAAUUGGUAUUAAUGCUGUUAAGCUGCAGACCAUGGAUGCAUAUGGAAUAACGCUGAUGGUGAUUUUAUACAUUUCUGCCGGUAUAUUUAAAGGAACCGAAUCUGUCAUCUCUCCACUCCUGAAAUGGCCGCUACUGCCCAAUACGUGCAAGUAUGAAGUUUUGCAGUCGAACAUACACGAAGUUCAUCCAUUGUGUCGGUCCCUAGGGUUUGUGGCAGGUUACCCCAUUACCAGUGGCACCGACAAUGACAAGUCCGUGGAAAUCCAUGCUGGUUUCUUCUUUGACGUUGACGUUCCUAACGUCAAAAUCGACGUUUCCACUGAUUACGGGAUUUCUGUGUACGUCUACCCUCGGACAUCCGGUCCGGUAUUUGACUAUCUGUCGAAUGACGGAUCUUUCCAAAUGGCUGCCUGGAUAGAAAAUGGUUUAUUCAAAUCUUUCCGAAGAAUAACCAAAAGUCCCGAAUCCUACCUGGUCAACGAGAAUAUUAAUGAGGUCGUAUUCAAUAUGUGGCAAAAGUUUGGCGUCUCGGUGGAUACAAGCGGUAAAAAAUUAAUUACAAUUGUUGCCAAUAACUUGCAACUAGAUAAAGAUGAUCCAAAAAACCAGGAUCAAGGAGGCAGCGGCGACGACCUCAACCGACCCCUGAUCACUCCGGGAAAACUUCGUGUGGGGGGUAUGUUCAACGAGAGUGUACCGCGAACCUUUUCAGGAAUGGUUACCUGCAUAGGUCUUGUGCAACAUAAAGACUUGGACGUUCUCAUUGAUUGUGUUUCAAAAAACAGAUGGAAAUUUAAUGCCACCUUUGGUAACGAGGCCACUCAGUAUUCUGCCACGUUCAAAGGCGUGCGUCUUGGCGCCAUUCCAACUGCGUCGUUCAUACACCAAUCAGUGACAAAAUCGCCAAUCAUGUGCUCGGUCACGUGUUUAAGGGACUUCCAAACAUGUCGCUCUUUCACGCAUGAGAAGCAGUCUAAUACCUGUCUGUUGUAUCCUGAAAUAUACACUCUGGUAACUGACUUCACUCAGAUGGAUGGCUAUACUUAUUACAAGCUUGAAAGCUAUGUCUAAUGUGCUUUUUUGUACAAAUGUUGAUAAUCGCAACAAUAUUUGGCUUCUAGAACAUUGUUCCAUAAUCUCUGUAUUAUACGAACUACAUGUAUAUUACAGUCAUUUGUCUCGUAAAGAUGGAUCCUUAUGUACUGUCAUACUUACUUUUAUUCAACUCAUUUCGUGCAUUUACCAUAAAAUGACGCUAGAAACCCCCUCCCCAAAUUAAACUAGGAUUUUGUUUUACAGAGUGCUUCAUUAUGUCCGUU